CCUGGCAACGGAGGGCGGGGCGGGGGCGGGGCUGGUCACGUGGGCCGGGAGGACCAAUGAUAGCGCGAUGGAAAAAAAAAAACACCCGGAAGCGCGGCGCGGGGGGGUUGCCCUGGCAACGGGAGGGGUCACGUGGGCAGAGCGGGCCAAUGGGAACGCGCGGGGCGGUGAGGAGGGAGGGGGCCGUUGCCAAGCAACGGCGCGGGGAGGCGGGGGGCGCGUCACGUGACGCGGCGGGGCCAAUGGGACCGCGCGGAGGGGAGGGCCGCCCUCACGUGACCGCCGGCGGACCAAUGGGGCGCGGAGGGGCGCGGCUCGGGCGCUGUCAUGGCGGACGGGGAGCGAUCGCCGCUGCUGCCGCCCGAGGCGGGGCCGGGCCCGGGCGGGGCCGCGGCCGCCGGCGGCGGCGGGGGGGCGGGCCCCGGCGAGGCCCCGCCCCCUUACUCGCCAUUGGGCAGCCCCGAGGCGGCGGGGGCGGGGCCGCCGGCGGUCACGUGCCGCGUGUGCCAGCGGCCAAUCAGCGUCGAGGGGAAGACGCACCAGCACGUGGUGAAGUGCGGGGGGUGUGGCGAGGCCACGCCAAUCCGCACGGCCCCCGGCGGGAAGAAGUACGUGCGGUGCCCCUGCAACUGCCUGCUGGUGUGCCGCGCCUCGGCCCAGCGCAUCGCCUGCCCCCGGCCGUACUGUAAGCGGAUCAUCAACCUGGGCCCGGUGCACUCGGGGGCGCCCAGCCCGGACCCGCCCCCCGGGGGCGUGCGCGUGGCCUGCGCCCACUGCGGCGGCCCCUUCCUGUGGGCGGAGCUCCCCGACCGCUCCCUGGCGCGCUGCCCGCACUGCCGCAAGGUGUCUGCGAUUGGCCGGCGGUUCCCGCGGCGCCGCUGCCUCUGCUGCCUGCUGGGGGCGCUGCUGAUGGGCGGGGCCGCGGCCGGACUGGCGGCCGGGACGUGGUGGCUGUGGCGGCGGGCGCGGUGGGUGCCGGCGGCGUGGGCGGUGCUGGGGGCGGGGGCGGGGGCGUGUCUGCUGCGCGCGGCCUAUUGGGGCUGCGUGCGCGUCAGCCAGCCCCUCCCCCCGCGCGCCUGACCACGCCCCCCCACCCCGGGACACGCCCACCCGCCAUCCGGGGAAACGUCCCGCCCGCACGGACACGCCCCACCCCCGUGGGACACGCCCAUUCGCCAGAGGACACGCCCACUCACCGCGGGACACGCCCGUGGGCGUGGCCGUGCAGCGGGACGCGCCUCGGUCGCAAUGACGUCAUGCGGCCACGCCCCGCUCGCGACGGGACAAUUCACCCACUUCCGGCCCCGCCCCCUUCCGCAUGGCCCCGCCCCCUCCCGCAUGCCUCGGGCCCCGCCCACUUGUACAUAAGCCCCGCCCCCCUGUACAGUCGUAUUUAUUCGCCGGCCCCGCCCACCGGGGGGCGGGCUCGGUAUGUAAAUAAACCCAAAACCGAGGUUUCA